AGCAAGAUGACCGAUGUGGAGGAGAAUGUGCUUCAGAAAGACCCCAGGGCUGCAGAGGGCAGACUGCGCAAGCCUGAAACACCGGCCAAGGAAGACCCGAGCAGAGUGGAAGACCGCCCUCCGCAUUUUGGGCCAGCUCGAGAUGCAAACGACCCUGUGGAUGCCCGCCAUGCUCCUCCAGGCAAGCGGACUGUCGGGGACCAGAUGAAGAAAAACCAAGCUGCAGAUGAUGAUGAUGAGGACCCAAAUGAUACCAACUACGACGAGUUUAAUGGCUAUGCCGGGAGCCUCUUCUCAAUUCGGGAGACAAACCCUCACCACCCACCCGCCUGGACUGCAUCUGCCUGCCUGGAGGAGGUCACAGGGAAGCGGCAAGUGGCAAGAAAUCUCAUCAUGAAGGGCACAGAGAUGUGCCCCAAGAGUGAAGAUGUCUGGCUGGAAGCAGCCAGGCUGCAACCUGGGGACACGGCCAAGGCUGUAGUGGCCCAGGCGGUCCAUCACCUCCCCCAGUCUGUUCGGAUCUACAUCAGAGCAGCAGAACUAGAGACAGACGUUCAAGCCAAGAAGCGGGUUCUUCAGAAAGCCCUUGAGCAUGUUCCCAACUCGGUCUGCUUGUGGAAGGCUGCUGUGGAGCUGGAGGAGCCGGAAGUUGCCAGGAUCAUGCUCAGCCAGUGCUGUCCGACCAGUGUGGAGCUCUGGCUUGCUCUGGCGAGGCUCGAGACCUAUGAAAAUGCCCCUGCCAAGCUGGAGGAGGCCAAUGGGAACAUGCAGAUGGUGGAGAAGAUCAUUGACCGUGCAAUCACUUCACUACGGGCCAACGGCGUGGAAAUCAACCGUGAGCAGUGGAUUCAGGAUGCUGAGGAGUGUGACAAGGCCGGCAGUGUGGCCACUUGCCAAGCAGUCAUGCGCGCUGUGAUCGGCAUUGGGAUCGAGGAGGAGGACCGGAAGCACACAUGGAUGGAGGAUGCGGACAGUUGUGUUGCCCACAGUGCUCUGGAGUGUGCCCGGGCCAUCUAUGCCUAUGCCCUGCAGGUGUUCCCCAGUAAAAAGAGUGUGUGGUUGCAACCGGCCUAUUUUGAGAAGAACCAUGGGACCAGGGAGUCCCUGGAGGCACUGCUGCAGAGGGCUGUGGCUCACUGCCCCAAGGCUGAGGUGCUGUGGCUCAUGGGUGCCAAGUGGUUGGCAGGAGAUGUGCCCGCCGCCAGGAGCAUCCUGGCUCUGGCCUUCCAGGCCAACCCCAACAGCGAGGAGAUCUGGCUGGCUGCUGUGAAGCUGGAGUCCGAGAACAAUGAGUAUGAGCGGGCCCGGAGGCUGCUGGCCAAGGCGCGGAGCAGUGCGCCUACUGCCCGAGUAUUCAUGAAGGCUGUGAAGCUGGAGUGGGUGUUGGGGAACAUUGCUGCUGCCCAGGAGCUGUGCGAGGAGGCCCUGAAGCAUUAUGAAGAUUCCCCUAAACUGUGGAUGAUGAAGGGGCAAGUGGAAGAGCAGGAGGAGCUGAUCAAGAAGGCCCGGGAGGCCUACAGCCAGGGGUUAAAGAAGUGUCCUCACUCCACACGCCUGUGGCUUUUGCUUUCCCGGCUGGAAGAAAAAGUCAGACAGCUGACCCGAGCUCGAGCCAUCCUAGAGAAGUCCCGGCUUAGGAACCCCAAGAACCCUGGCCUAUGGUUGGAAUCUGUGCGCCUAGAAUACCAGGCAGGACUGAAGAAUAUUGCUAACAUGCUCAUGGCCAAGGCACUGCAGGAGUGCCCCCACCCAGGCAUCCUGUGGUCUGAAGCCAUUUUCCUCGAGGCCAGACCCCAAAGGAAGACCAAGAGUAUGGACGCCCUAGAGAAGUGUGAACAUGACCCACAUGUGCUCCUGGCAGUGGCCAAGCUCUUCUGGAGUGAGCGAAAGAUCACCAAGGCCAGGGAUCUGGAAAAUAAGGUCAAGGAAACAAUGCGCAAUGCCUUUUGGGAUCAUGUUAAAGAGCAACUGUCAGCCAGUCCUCCCAACUUCACAUGUGCUCUUGAACUUCUGAAAGAAAUUAAACUGAUCUUGCUGUCAUUGCUGUUGCCACGCCAGAUCCGCCUAAAAAGUGAGAUCGAAGAAACCCUGAACAUGGACCUCCGCAAGCAGGAAGCAGAGCACGGGACUCUGGAUGUCCCUCAUCUCUCUAAGUGCAUUCUCAAUACUAUGGCAUUGCUGUGUGCACCAGUUCGAGAUGAAGCAAUACAGAAUUUGGAGAACCUUACGGACUCUGUUCAGUUACUGAGAGGGAUCUUCCAGGUUCUAAGCCUGAUGGAAAUGGACAUGAUGAAUUACACCAUCCAGACUCUUUGCCCACACCUGCAGGAACAUGCCAUCCAGUAUGAACGGGCUAAAUUCCAGAAGCUCCUCAACAAGCAGCCUAGCUUCCUUGAUCACACCAUCAAAUGGUUAACUCAAGCAGUAGCAGACCUUACUACACCAUCUCCAACUUCUCCUGACACUCCCGACUCCUCCAAUGUGGCCUCUCCAGCCCAAAAUGAGCCAGCCAGCAAUCUAGCACCUCUCAGCCCUCCAAUGGUGCUGUCCCAGGGCUUCCUGAACCUCCUUCUCUGGGACCCAGAAAGUGAAGAGUUUCCUGAGACUUUACUGACGGACAGAACCCAGCUACAAGAGCUCGAGUCCCAGCUGCAACAGUUAACCAUCCUGGCCUCAGUCUUGCUAGUAGCCAGCAGUUUCUCUGGCAAUAUUCUUUUUGGCUCACCUCAUUUUGUGGAUAAACUAAAACGUGUCACCAAAGCCCUGACAGAGGAGUUUAACUCCAGGCCUGAGGAGGCUAUGCUGACUGUGAGCGAACAGGUAUCUCAGGAAAUCCAUCAAAGUCUCAAGAACAUGGGCCUUGAUGCUCUGAGCAGUGACAAUACAGCAUCUCUGAUAAGACAGCUCCAGAACAUUGCCAAGAAGGACAACUGUGUCCGCAGUGUCAUUGAUCAGCGGAUCCGCCUUUUUCUCAAAUGCUGCCUGGUCCUUGGUGUGCAGCGGUCUCUGCUGGACCUCCCGGGAGGCCUUUCCCUCACUGAGGCAGAGCUGGCAGUCCUGGGCCAGAAGUUUGUCAGCUUGAUACAUUAUAAUCAACAGGUGUUUGGCCCCUACUACAUGGAAAUCCUGGAAAACCUCAUCCCUCAAGCCAAGGCCCUAUAA